UGCGCUGUCGACUGCCAGUAUUAUAUACAACCUGGCAUUGUUCACAUCUUUCCUAACAAUAAUGUGGACAUAUAAUUUCAAGAUUUAUUUAUUUUUAAGUUUCACAUCGACAGCACUAGCUGGUCGUGAAAAUUCUGUAUCUUCAUGUGUAUUAGAUGGUUAUGAAGAUGAUUUCAAAUUGGAACCAUUUACAAAAGUGGGUAAACAUUUUUAUUAUUUUGGACAGACAAAGGUUACUUGGUACAAAGCCUUUUUAAUUUGUCGCUCUCUAGGCGGUUUUCUAGCAUCUCUUGAGUCUCAGGAAGAACUAAAUGCCAUUUCUAAUUAUUUGAUUGCAAAUUAUCCUUUAGAUCGCUGGUGGUGGCUGUCAGGAUCUGAUGUAGAUUCAGAGGGUAAUUUUUAUUGUUAUAACACUGGUGAACGUAUGAAAUUCUUCGACUGGUCUGAGGGACAACCGGAUAAUUAUGGCGAGGAACAUUGUGUUCAUUUGUGGUUCAUAAAAACAAAAUAUCAAAUGAACGAUUGGUGGUGCACCAGGGCGGCCUAUUAUAUUUGUAAAGCAACUAAACCGAAGACUAUAGUUUUAAGUGUGUAUUAAAGAGGCGGUUAUAAUUAAACAUUA